AUGAAACCGAUUCGAAUUUUCAGAGAAAGAUAUUCAAACGAGUUCAACGUUCUUGAUGCGGAAAUAUGGAAGCAUUACGAGUGCAAUCGACAGGUUACAUUUUCUCAUUAUUUUUCCGAUUAUAAUUCUGAUAUGGACUUGUGUCUAUGUAUUCCUAUGGACGUGGAGCUCGUUUAUUCCUCUGAACGAAUGUUUGUUUCCUCUUCAUCACCUUAUCAGGUACCUAUCAUUAAAAUGGCUCUGUAUCCACCAUAUGAGGAACUUGAUCUAGAUAUUAACAUUAACAACGUUGCUGGCAUCUACAAUUCCCAUUUGAUUCACUACUAUUCUCUCUUGGAUCAACGAUUCCCAGCAGUAUGCCUUUUAGUAAAACACUGGGCGAUCACAAACGGCAUUGGAGAUGCUGCGACUGGCUCAUUCAAUAGUUACUCCCUGAUUCUCCUUGUCUUGCAUUAUUUCCAAUGUGGAGUGCAUCCAGCAGUGCUACCAAAUCUUCAACAUUUGUAUCCUGAGAGGUUUGCUGGUACUCCGCCUCUAAAGCAGCUGAACUUGUUUCAACCAUUGAAUUUUUUACCAAAUCGACCUGGGAAUAAGCAGACAAUUGGAGAACUAUUGGUUGGGUUCUUCCACUACUACGCUUCAUUCGAUUUCGAAAAUGUAGCUAUUUCUAUACGCCAUGCCCAUGUAUUUCCGAGAUCAAUGUCGCCAGAUACUUUUAUCUAUAAAGUUUUUAUCGAGGAGCCUUUCGAUCGGAAUAAUACUGCCAGGUUGAAAUCUAUGUGUUACGAAGGCCUAUGUGAUGGAUCGCAUUCAGCGAGCAUUUCGCCAGGCAAGAGACGUAUUCUCAAAACAGCCACCUUCACUUCAAAGGAUAAAGGUUACUGUGUGAGCGGCCUCUGA